AUGCCUGAGCACGCAGAAAUAUACCCACCAUGCCCCAAACGAUCGCCAACACAGCCCACCAAAAUCCUCCAAACAAACCUCGCCUCCAACCCCACUCUCUCCCUCCCCGAAACAAUAAAAACCCGCCUCCCAUCAGUCCAUUUCACGCCAGAAGACAGCACGCCCUCAAUUCCGACGCCCGCCAAACUCUCCGAAUCCUCCGCUCUCUGGGGGCUUCUGGGUACAUUCUCCGCCGUCAUAGCGGAAGGGCGCUACAGCAUCCCAGAACAAAAUGUUAUCGUCGACGUCCACAGCGCAACGCUCUUCCCGAUGUCAGCUUUACUCGCAAAAAUUGAAGGGAAGGGCGUUUGGGAUGCCGAGGUCAAAGGGCGAAUGCUGUAUCUUGAUCUAGGCGGGAUUCGGGAGCCGUAUCGUAGUUUGGCGAGUAAUAUAUACAAAACAAAAGACAACCGCUUCUUCCACCUCCACGGCAGCCUCAACACAACCAACACACUGCACAUGCUCUCCCUCCCGCAACACAGACCAGACCUCACAACCGCCAACUCGAUCAAAGAAAUCUAUCGCACCGCCGUAGCCGAGCACACAGCCGCCAGGCUCGACACCGAAGCAAACGACUUCUGGCGCCAGCCUGGCACAAUCUGCUACACGCAAGAAUAA